GUGAGAAAUGUCAAGGCCGUACAACAACUUACAGCAGAGCGUUGAUUUGAGUCACGUAGUCAAAACUGUGCGGGAAUAAAUUAUAGUCAUUGUCAGCGUAUGUGGGAAUGCACUUUGUUUCCUUGCAACAGUAUAUUUUGUAUUUGUUCAGCUCACGUGUGCAUUUCACCGGACAGGUUAGGGCACGCAAACAAAAAACAGCUGACGGAUGACAGACAUUGUUAAUUCAGACGCCUGUCCCAGUUUGCAAUUUCAUAACAAAGUUGACACCAGUGAAAGCAAGACGUGGUGUAAUUAAUACAGGCAUAGCAUUAGUGUGUCGCCAUGGCUGGGUCGAGACUUGUGAAUGUGAUCAACCUUGGACGAAUGGGGUUCAUGUCUGCCUACAGUGUCCAGAAGAACUUUGUGCGCCAGAUGUUGGACACAGUAGCUAGUGGUCAGAGGGUUCAUGGCCAGAAUGUCCUUCUUCUGGUAGAACACAAUCCUGUGUAUACGAUUGGUCUCAGGGACCACACCUAUACCGACACCAUAGCCAGUCAGCUCCGCACCAAGGGGGCCGAGUUCUACAAGACAGACCGCGGGGGCCUGAUAACAUUUCACGGCCCCGGACAGCUAGUUGUUUACCCUGUCCUAAACCUUCAUGAGUUUGAACCAAGCAUGCGCUGGUAUGUCUCAACUCUAGAGAAAACCAUGAUUAAAACAUGCAAACAUUUUGAUCUGGAGGCCACAACCACAGACAAUGUAGGAGUCUGGGUCCAGGACAGGAAAAUUGGGGCAAUAGGUGUACACGGUAGCAGAUUUGUGACGCACCACGGCAUUGCCCUUAAUUGUAACACAGACCUUGCUUGGUUCAAACACAUUGUUCCCUGCGGUAUUGAGGGCAAAGAAGUGACGUCUCUCUCCAAGGAACUUCAGCAACCUGUGCUAAUAAAGGACACGAUCAGUGCCUUCCUUCAGUCCUUUGAGAGAGAGUUUCAGUGUUCAUUCAGUUUUGCAUACAUGGAGGACUCCGACUUGGAUCUCAUUACUAAAGAGCAGUUCGUUCCUCAGGAGAGGAAGAAAAUAUCUGUGCGCCCUCAGUGGUGAAGUGUGAUGUGGAUCAGUGUGUGAUAGAAUCUCUACAGAAAGACAAAAGAGCAAUUCCUUUGUUGAAUGGACAAAAUGUUUUUAACAGACAACAUGUACAUGUCAAGCAAGGUGUAUUCUCUAAGAAGGUCACCUCCAACAGGUGUAUUUUCUAAACAGGUCACCUCCAGCAGGUGUAUUUUCUAAACAGGUCACCUGAAACAGGUAUAUUCUCUAAACAGGUCACCUGAAACAAGUAUAUAUUCUCUAAACAGGUCACCUUGAACAAGCGUUUUGUUCAAAACAGGUCACCUCUGGAAAGUAACAAUCAGAAGUCACAUUGAAAUGUCAAUAUAUCUCUGAAGUCCUGCUACAAUAUACAUGUUAAAAGAUCACACACAAGGUGACAUGGUCACAGGCAGAGCAUUCAUUACAAGUCCAAGGAAAAUCAGAUAAAAUACUGUGCAUUUUUAUCUCAGAAAUUGUUAUUUUUGUUAGUAGGACUGGUAGAACGGCAGAUGUGACCAUGUUUGUGUUGCUAGAUCUUCACAAGUACCAGUAGAUUAGGGGAUAGAAGUGUGAUUGUAACAUCCCUGUUAACCCUUUCACCACUGUAGACAAUAAUGGAGUCAACCAGAUCAAUGCAUGGUAGAGUUUAUUAAAGUUACAUAGGGUUGAAAGGGUUAAAUGUGUGAGUAACCUGGUGUUAUAUUGAAUUAAGCUGUAUAAUAAGGAUUGCAAUUAGAAUUUAUCUACGUAUGGUAGGUACAAGUUUCAAUUAAACAACAUUUCAGAC